AUGAAUGGGUUUAUAGCUGUGCAUUGUGGUGCUGGUUAUCACAGUGAUACAUUGAAAAAGGAAUAUCAAAAAACUUGUUAUUUAGCAUGCAGGAAAGCUGCCACUGCUCUCCAGCAAGGUGGUAACGCCGUAGAUGCUGUAGAGAAAGCCAUAAUAGAAUUAGAAAAUAGUCCACUAACUAAUGCUGGCUAUGGAUCAAACCUAAGUUGGAAUGGCACUGUAGAAUGUGAUGCAUCUCUCAUGAAUGGCCAAACUUUACAUUUUGGUGCCUGUGGGGCUGUUUCAAAUGUAUGGAAUCCAAUCACAUUAGCCAAACAAUUGUGCAUUAAACAAUGUGAUAAUUUGUCUUUGGGCAGAGUCCCUCCUUGCAUACUUACUGGACAUGGAGCAAGAUCCUGGGCACAAAGACUGGGAUUGGAAAUUGUAGAAGAUCACAAAAUGGUCUCAGCACGUGCAUUUCGUAACUAUAAACAUUGUAAAAGAAAGCUGAAAAGAUAUUCCAUACAAAAUGAUAUUAAAUUUAGCCCAUUAGACACAGUUGGGGCAAUCUGUGUGGAUUCUAAUGGUGUUGUAGCUUCUGGAGCAAGUUCUGGUGGUGUUUCUUUGAAGCAUGAAGGCAGAGUUGGGCAGGCUGCAUCUUUUGGCAGCGGAGUUUGGGCAGUAAUGAGCAGGGAUGGCACAAAGCCUUCAGUGGCCUCUUGCACUUCUGGAUGUGGGGAACAUUUGAUUCGAACACAGCUAGCUAAAAAUUCUGCAGAAAGUUUGCUUGACCCUUCUCCAGUUUUAGGCCUUGAUAAAUGUUUGAAAGAGAAUUUCCUACAGUCACCUUUUUUAUGGGAUGUCCCUGAUAGGCUUGGUGGAACAUUAGCUUUGAAAUUUGAUGCACUGAAUGGUGAAGGAGAAUUACUUUGGGGUCACACUACAAAAACAAUGUGUAUUGGGUACAUGUCAACUGAAAAUGACAGACCAAAGUGCAUCAUUUCUUAUCUGCCACAAAAAGUGGAACCAGGCCAGAAAGCAGUUGUAUCAGGACAGUCAUUCAAAGUAUCCAUGCAGCCCUGUCCUGUGAAGUGGGAGGUAAAAGCAGAGUCUGGUUGUAAUGGAUCUCUUUUAGAAUAA